AUGAUUCCAAUCGUACAACGUGGCGUGGCUAUGGUUAUCACACGCAGAAAGGUACUAUUUAUCAACCUUUCAUAUUCAACCAUGUUCUCUUUUAUUCGUUUAUUGUUAAUGUGUACGUGGCCUGCGGCGGCCAUGCCGGUUAAUUCAUCUUUGGCUCCUUCCGACGUAUCCGCACUUGUAUUCGAAGAUCAUCUUGCCAUAAAUAUUCUGAGAAAGGACCUUGCAGAGAAAAAUCUUACAAUUUCGUUUGAGGAGGUUGCUUACCUCCCCCUGGAACCCAAAUCUAGGAGGGAGAACGCGUGCAAAAAUUCGCUGACAAUUGAUUAUCCAAAAUUUGUGUAUGCUAUUUCGGAACGUAAUGGUUGUGAUAUAAAUGAGUUAGCUGAUGUUCCACUGGGUGUGUUAAGCAAUAGGGUAUUCUACGAGGUUGCACAAUCUGUACCAGAGCGCCACGUUUCUCAUUCGUUUUCUGGCAUACCGGAUACCUGUUUGCUCUCAAAAAUCAGUGGUCACUGUCCUGCUUACUUGGUGUAUGCGGAGUGUGUGUAUACGAAAUACAUUAGACGUAAGAACGCCACAACUACGGUCGUCCUUCCAUCUUCCCCCCUGGGAGAAGGCACCUUCAAAGUGCGGUUCUCGCAAUAUUUGCAGCGGGUUUCAGGAAACAUUCCACCUUUGUUGGAGCUAACCGUAGAAAAGUUGUGUCGUUUUGUAAAUACGGCUUGUGGUUCGCUUCAUCCACAAUUCCGGCAUUCAUAUGAUUUUAAGAUACAACACGUGUGUUCCGUUUUUGAUGUAUUUACGCCCUUGGUUGAUUUUGGCAGUCUUUUCGACCCAUCCGUGCCUGAGGAAGAGCUUCUCGCAUUGAAAGUAGUAGAUGAUCAACAUUACGAGGACUUGUUUGCCACUUCCAUCGAUUUGAUAUUUUCACCUCUAGGGGUACCUUACGAUGCUAAUAUAAAUGAUAAGUCUGAUUUAGUUCAAUAUCAUAACGAAAUUUGCGAAAAAAGAUGUGCCUACGUUGGUAUCAUGGCAGAAAUGACGUCUUCGUGGACUAAAUUAAGUGAUCUGGGCCGUCAACGUCAACUUAUGAUAUGCGCUAAGAUAUUGGCCUUAUGCAAUGCAUGUGCCAAUUGUGAUGGACUGGAUGUAUACGUACCCAACUGA